AUGAAGAGCAUCUCGGUGAUCCAGCUGCUUCUAGCAGCCGCGGCAGCUCCUGUGAGGGCUGCUGCUUCCUGGAAGAACGUCAACAUUGGCGGCGGUGGUGGUUUCGUGCCUGGCUUUGUCUUUCACCCAACGGAAAAGGGCGUUGCCUAUGCUCGUACCGAUAUUGGCGGUCUUUACAGACUAAAUGCCGAUGACUCCUGGACUGCCAUUACCGACUCCAUCACUACGGACGACAAAUGGAACAACUGGGGUAUCGAUGCUGUUGCUCUCGAUCCUCAAGAUCCCGACAAGGUCUAUGCCGCUACCGGCAUGUACACCAACUCAUGGGACCCCAACAACGGUACCCUUAUCCGCAGUUCCGACAGAGGUGCUACAUGGUCUAGCACCGAGCUGCCCUUCAAGGUUGGAGGAAACAUGCCCGGUCGCGGCAUGGGCGAGAGACUUGCUGUCGAUCCCAAGAACUCCAAGAUCAUCUACUUCGGUGCUCGCAGCGGCCAUGGCCUCUACAAGAGCACAGACGGCGGUGUCACCUUCUCCAAGGUGUCUUCGUUCACCGCUGUCGGCGACUAUGUCGUAGACCCAUCCGAUACCACUGGCCUCAACAACGACAAGCAGGGCAUUGCUUUUGUUACUUUUGACUCGACUUCGGCUACCACCAACGGCGCCACGUCCCGCAUCUUUGUUGGUUCCGCCACUAACAGCACCUCUUCGGUCUGGGUUUCCAACGACGCUGGUGCCACCUGGUCCGCCGUCGCUGGCCAGCCCGGCACGUAUUUCCCUCAUAAGUGCAAGCUUCAGCCCACCGAGAAGGCCCUCUACCUUACCUAUAGCGACGGUACUGGUCCCUACGAUGGCACUGCCGGUGCCGUUUACCGCUACGACAUCACCAACGGUACCUGGAAGGACAUCACUCCCGUUUCUGGCAGCGACCUCGCCUAUGGCUUUGGUGGCUUGGGUGUUGACAUGCAGAACCCCGGUACCAUUAUGGUGGCCAGCUUGAACUUGUGGUGGCCCGAUGCCCAGAUCUACCGCUCUACCGACUCUGGUGCCACCUGGUCUCCCAUCUGGGAGUGGGAUGGUUAUCCCAACAUGAACCAGUACUAUGGAUUGACCACCCCUAACGCUCCCUGGAUCGAGACCGGCUUCCUCUCUCAGGAUACCAAGCAUCUCGGCUGGAUGAUCGAAUCCCUCGAAAUCAACCCCCUCGACAGCGACCAUUGGCUCUACGCCACCGGUCUCACCGUCUACGGCGGCCACGACCUGACCAAGUGGGACACCGUCCACAACGUAACCAUCCAGUCCUUGGCCGUUGGCAUCGAAGAAAUGGCCGUCCUCGGUCUCGCCUCCGCCCCCGGUGGCUCCGAGCUUCUCGCGGCUGUCGGUGACGACUGUGGUUUCACCUUCAAGGCCAGCUCCGACCUCGGCACCUCUCCCAAGACGCCCUGGAUGACGCCCCAGUGGGCCAGCUCCGCCGACGUCGACUACGCCGGCAACAAGCCCGCCAACGUGGUGCGCAUCGGCUCCGGCUCCGGCGCGCAGCAGGUGGCCGUAUCCUCGGACGGCGGCGCCUCGUGGCACGCUCACAACGGCACCGACACCACCAAGAGCAGCGGCACGGUCGCCUACUCUGCCGACGCCGACACCAUCGUUUGGUCUUCGGGCACCUCCGGCGUCGUCCGCUCGCAGAACCAGGGCACCUUCACCGCCGUCGCCUCGCUCCCAUCGGGCGCCGUCAUCGCCUCUGACAAGCGCAACAACACCGUCUUCUACGCCGGCUCGACCACCGGCACCUUCUACCGCAGCACCGACACUGGCGCGACCUUCACCGCCGUCUCUGACGCUUUGGGAUCCGCCAAGGCCGUCCGCGACAUUGUCGCCCACCCCACCGUCGCUGGCGAGCUGUACGUCAGCACGGACGCCGGCAUCUUCCGCUCGACCGACUUUGGCGUCUCCUUCACCAAGCUCAGCGGACUCACCAACACGCAGUCCAUCUCCCUCGGCGUCGGUUCCGCUUCUGGCUCGUGGAACUUGUACGCCUUCGGCACCGGCGCCAACGGCAACAAGCUGUACGCUAGCGCCGACGCUGGUGCUACUUGGACUGACGUCCAGGGUGCUCAGGGCUUUGGUUCCAUCGCCGUGGCCUCUAGCAAGGUACUCGGUUCCGGAAACGUCGCUGGGCAGGUCUAUGUCGGCACCAACGGCCGCGGUGUGCUGUACGCGCAGGUUUCUGUCAGCGGCACCGCCCCUGGUGCUACGUCGUCGUCUUCUGCUCCGGUGAAGACUUCUUCCUCCACUGCUGCUGCUGUGUCAUCAUCUUCUGCUGCGGUGAAGACUUCCUCCACUUCUGCUGCUGCUCCAGUGAGCACGACGACGAGCAAGGCUGCUGCUACUACCACGCUUGUGACGUCGACUGUCAAGCCUACUACUGCUACCUUGACUUUGUCGUCGGUCAAGACUACCUCGACUGUCGGCGCUGAGCUCGCGCAGCACUGGUAUCAGUGCGGAGGUGUAGGCUGGACGGGCCCGACGGCUUGCGUGUCGCCUUAUAAGUGCGAAAAGCAGAAUGAUUACUAUUCGCAGUGCGUGUAA